AUGAACCGAUCAAAUAUUCAUCUUCUGGAUUUACCUGAUGAAAUAUUACUUAUUAUUUUGAAGAAAUUGAACAAUAUGGAUGUACUUUAUUCGUUAUUGGAUAUUAAUAAUGGACGACUUAACAUUCUUGCACAAGCAAACACAUUCACCAACAUUCUGAAGCUACCCAAUAUGUUUUGGGAUCAUUCUUUAAGCGAUCGAUUCUACAUCGAUAUAUUACCAAAAAUUCAUCACAACGUGAAAUGUUUUAUUUUUGAUUCAGAUUAUAUGAAACGUUUUCUUCUUGCCACUGACUAUCCGAAUCUAACUGAACUUAAAAUUCUUCAUUUCAAUGAGCAAUUCGCAUUAGGUUAUCUUAUAAGUCGAAAUACAGUGAUUGAUGGUACUUUUAUUCAACAUGAUAUUUUGGAUUAUAUGCCUCAACUUCAUUCAUUCACUUUCUGUAUUUGUACUUAUGUGAAAGCGGUUGAUUUAUCCUACAAGUUAUCUAGUGAAGAUAUUCAACAAACAUUAACAAAUACUAAACAACAACAAGUCACAAGUAUAGUCAAUUAUAUUCAAUACUGGUUCGAUUCAAGCUGGAUGGCUGCAUGCUCGAUUUUCUCACUUCCUUUUCAAUUUGAUUAUCUCAAACAUCUUGGCAAUAAAUUUCCAAAUAUUGUAUUCAGUUAUGUUACGUUUUUAUUUUUAGAAGAUACUAAUCCGUUCCAACAUGAAUUUUUCGUUCGAAUUUCCCGAUCAUUUCCAUUACUGAAGUAUCUACAUAUUUGUAAUGGAGAACCUCAAGUAUUAGAUGAUCUUGUGACAUGUUCAUCUGACAAUUGUCAAUGA